UCUUGCGCGGCGCCGGAGUCGGAGCCCGAGGCUGCGGCCGAGAGUGCGCGCGAGGCCGCAAUCGCCCUGCCCCCCGCCGGAACCCUCUGCCCAUCGCUUCUCCACGCCCGGCCCCGACCCGGCCCUCGGCCCCCCGGCCCCCAGCCCGGCCCGGUCCGGCCUCCCCGCGGGGUCACGCGGCUGCCCCGGGGACGAUGAACGGAGGAUAAAUGGUGCCCAAGGCAGACAGCGGCGCCUUCCUGCUGCUCUUCCUGCUCGUGCUCACCGUCACCGAGCCGCUGCGGCCAGAGCUGCGGUGCAACCCUGGGCAGUUUGCCUGUCGCAGCGGCGCCAUCCAGUGCAUCCCCCUACCUUGGCAGUGUGACGGCUGGCCCACUUGUGAGGAUGAGAGCGACGAAGCCGACUGUCCAGAAGUGACCGGGGAAGUGCGUCCGUACCAUGGGAAGGAGGCUGUGGAUCCGCGGCAGGGGCGAGCCCGAGGCGGCGACGCCACACACUUCCACGCGGUGAACGUGGCGCAGCCCGUGCGCUUCAGCAGUUUCCUAGGGAAGUGCCCCACAGGGUGGCACCACUAUGAAGGCACGGCCAGCUGCUACCGUGUCUACCUGAGCGGGGAGAACUACUGGGACGCGGCGCAGACCUGCCAGCGUGUGAACGGCUCCCUCGCCACCUUCUCCACCGACCAGGAGUUGCGCUUCGUCCUGGCCCAGGAAUGGGACCAGCCCGAGCGGAGCUUUGGUUGGAAGGACCAGCGCAAGCUGUGGGUGGGCUACCAGUAUGUCAUCACUGGCCGGAACCGCUCCUUGGAAGGUCGCUGGGAGGUGGCAUUCAAAGGCUCCUCGGAGGUGUUCCUGCCCCCCAACCCCAGCCUCACCUCGGCCAUGUCUGCGAGCGAUGGCGUGUUCUGCGCCCAGCUGCAGUGCUUCCACUUCCCCACGCUGCGGCACCACGACCUGCACAGCUGGCACGCCGAGAGCUGCUACGAGAAGUCCUCGUUUCUGUGCAAAAGAAGUCAGACGUGUGUUGACAUCAAGGACAAUGUGGUGGACGAAGGAUUCUAUUUCACCCCCAAGGGGGAUGACCCGUGCCUGAGCUGCACCUGUCACGGAGGGGAGCCUGAGAUGUGCGUGGCCGCCCUCUGUGAGCGGCCCCAGGGCUGCCAGCAGUACCGCAAGGACCCCAAGGAGUGCUGCAAGUUCAUGUGUCUGGACCCAGAUGGCAACAGCCUGUUCGACUCCAUGGCCAGUGGGAUGCGCCUGGUUGUCAGUUGCAUUUCCUCCUUCCUCAUCCUCUCGCUGCUGCUUUUCAUGGUCCACCGGCUGCGCCAGCGGCGCCGGGAGCGCAUUGAGUCCCUGAUCGGAGCAAACCUACACCACUUCAACCUCGGCCGGAGGAUCCCCGGGUUUGAUUAUGGCCCCGACGGGCUCGGCACGGGCCUCACCCCGCUGCACCUCUCCGACGACGGCGAAGGCGGCACGUUCCACUUCCACGACCCUCCGCCUCCCUACACGGCUUACAAGUACCCGGACAUCGACCAGCCCGAUGACCCGCCGCCGCCCUACGAGGCUUCCAUCAACCCGGACAGCGUGUUCUACGACCCUGCAGAUGACGAUGCCUUCGAGCCUGUGGAGGCCGCCCCGCCCACCCCAGGGGACAUCGGCAGUGACGGUGCAGCGCCUCGGCUCCUGGAGCAGCCGCCGCCCCCGCUGGGGGCCCCCCUAGCAGACUUGGAGGGCUCUGUCGACAGCAGCAGUGCCCUGCUGGUGCCCCCUGACCCCGCCCAGGGUGGGAGCACACCAGCCUCCGAGGCACCGCCAGGAGGUGGCCACCACAGCCGCGGCUCCCUCAAUACCAUGGUAUAGACAGCCUGGCCUGUGGCCCCCGUGGGCUGGGGGCACCUGUUUGCUAUGACGCUGGCCCCUGCGGGGGACUUGGAGGGCCCUGCUCCGCUGCCACGCACCCUGGCAGGCGAGUGCGUGUGUGCGUAGACCAGGACCAGCCUCCCUCCGAGAGAGGAACGAGCACCUGCACUGAGUCCCCUCGAGAGCUUCAAACACAUGCGUUGCUUUGGGUCACUGUCUCUUAGUGGCAGAAGCAUGACAAGGUGGCUUCAGACCCCAGGUGUCAGAGGUAGGGAACCAAGAAGGCACUGACGGCGGCUGUGGCCAACCUGAGCUCAUCUCUGGGGGGCUCGCUGGUUACAGCUCGCCAUCCCUGGAAACCUGCCCGCUGGCUGCCCCCCAUCCAGCGCCUGGGGUAGGCAGGGCAUGGGUGUGGCACUGGCACCUGCCAGGGCUGGGCAGGGAGGGGCUGCCUCCGGGGAAACACCUGGAGGUGGCUGCUGUGGACGCCAAGGGACUGGUGGUGCAGAGAGGAGGGGGCAGCUCGGCCAAGCCAGCUCCAGGGUGGGACGCCCAAGCCCAGCCCACGGCCUCUCGCUGACAUCGCACUGCAUGGCUCCCCAGGCUGCGGAGCUGACUGGGGCCCCAGACCCCCACUGGGGGUGCUCUGGAGCCUCGGGUCCCCGCCUCCUGUUACUCUUGCCCCUCCCCACCCUGCCAUCUUGUUUGUGCCAUGAAGGGUGUCUCCCAGCGGGGAGGGUGUGCGUGGCUGACGCGAACACCCUGGGCUGUGCCCGCCUCCUGAAAGCUCCCUUCCUGCCCCGCCAGCGCUGGAGCCUGUGCCGCACGCACCCCUCCCCGCCCCUCGGCAGCUCCGGGUGCUGCCGCGUGCCCCGGGCGUGGCCUUGUGGCCUGACACAGACCUUUAUUUAGCAUUUCUGAGGUUUGGAGAUGAAGCGGGUUCUGUGCGAUUUUUAGCACAUCCAUUUAUCUUUUCUACGUUGACUGUCUGGAUCGUGUGUGCGUGUGUGCGUGUGUGUGUGUGUGGCCACGUGUUUGCAGGUGGGAGUGGUACGCAGGGAUUGGGGUGUGGAGGGGGCCGUGUUCCGCUUGUGAAUAGUGAUGGCGAGGAGCAGCCUUGCGGCCCCUCCACGCACUGCCCCUCUGGCACACGCUCACACUCUGGCUGGAAACCCAUUUCUGCCUGUGUAGAAGGCCUGACCUUUCCCGAGCCGACCGGCGGUGUGGGUUUGGUCACUGAACUGACGGUUGCUGGCAGCCCCUCGGGGGGGCUGCUGCCCCCUGGAGAAUCGCCCUGGCCACAGGGUGCCACAGUGGCUGCUGAGGACGUGCGAGGACAUGUGCCGUGCCCCCAGCCUGUGCUGGGUGCAGGGUGGCGGCCCACGAGGGUCUUCCUGGUGCCAGAGACCACCCCAGCGCAGCCGCAGGGGCGCCUGCCCUCAGAGCACAGGCCAGGCGACCGGCACGAGGGUGUGGCCCAGGGGAGCUUCCCUGGGGACAGAAGGACAUUGGCACGUCAGGCGUGUGUGGCGGGGAGCAGAGCCGGCGUGGGGGCUGCGGAGGGGGUGCUUGCUCAGGACGGGUCAGGGGUCCUGUCCGAGGGGCGUCUGGGGGCUCCCUUUCCCUCAUCAGGCCUCACGGCCGUCCCGGGACCUGGCACCCUGGUCAGCCCCUGGCCUGCCUGCAGGCUGACGGAACUCGGUGGGCGGGAGACGCGGCUUCCUGGGAGAGGCGCUCCCCACGCGCCCCAGGCCGCCUUGCCACUGGCCGGCUGACCUGCCUUGCGGAGGUGGGAUUUGAUACUGUACAUCGUCUCAAAUGCCUGUUUUUAUGUUUUUCCUUUCACUAAGGGUUUUAGUUUGGGUUAUUUUAUUUUGUUUUUUGGUUGGGUUGGCACUAAUCCUUUUCUUAAAAUGCUGUGAGAACCAUUACAUCCAAAUGCCAAAUAAACUUGUGUUCUGGAAGAGU